AUGUUUCCUAAAGCAAUUAUUCAAAAUGUUGUUUCAACCGCUCAAAUACUUAAUAAAAAUAAGAAACUUGAUCUUUAUUCUCUUUCAACACUUAUUAAAAAUGCUAAAUAUUCGCCAGAACGUUUCUCAGCACUUAUAAUUAAAGUUGAACAACCACUUAGGUCUACAGCAUUAGUAUUUUCUAAUGGAAAGAUUGUAUGUGUUGGCACAAAAUCGGUUAAGGACUCGGAAAUUGCUAUUAGGAAUUUUGUUAAGCUUAUAUCUACAGCAAAUUGUUCGUCAAUAAAUAUGCAAUCAUUUAAAAUACAAAAUGUUGUUUCAUCUUUUGCUUUCCCGGGAUAUCUAAAUUUACCCGGUAAUUUUUAUGCAUACACUUAUUUAUUUUUUAGCCUUAUAUGA